UUUCGAUGUCUCUUUAUGAAAAAAAAAAGAUUAAAAUAGAAUAGUGAGGAAUCUUUGCUUCUCUCUCUCCACAAGCCAAAAAGUCGCCGCCUCACCAAAGCUUUUCUUUUUAUAUCAUUCUCUCGUCUAUAAAAUCAAGCCCAAGGCAGUGUCCUCUCUGCGAUCCAGCGGUAGCAACAGUUGAAGAAGAGGAGGACGAGGAGGAGGAGAAGAUGGCAUCGGAGCAGCAGGUGAGGGCUUCGCACAUCCUGAUAAAGCACGAGGGUUCGCGGCGGAAGGCCUCCUGGAAGGACCCCGACGGCCGCAUCAUCUGCGCCACCACCAGGGACGCUGCCGUCCGCCAGAUCCGCGCCCUCCGUGAUGAUAUCCUCGACGGCAAGGUCCGCUUUGAGGACGUCGCUGCCCGCCACUCAGACUGCAGCUCCGCCAAGCGCGGCGGCGAUCUAGGUCGUUUCGGGAAGGGACAGAUGCAGAAGCCCUUUGAAGAAGCUACCUUUGCCCUCAAAGUGGGCGAGAUGAGCGACAUUGUAGACACAGACAGCGGCGUCCAUAUCAUCCUGAGAACUGGCUGACGCCCAUGUCAUCCUGAGAACCGGUUGAUGACCAAGAAGCCGGCUUAAUUAUUCUGAACCACGAAAUAUUGUUAGUAUCAUUUAUAGUUUGAGCUUGGUCUGGGACUUCUCUAGCAAUUUGCAUAUUGAAGUCUCCUAAUAUUUGUUUUCACUGAUAACUAUGAUAUCAUUACAUAAUGGUGCAAACCCCUUAAACCUGCAAUAAGAUUUGACAUUAAAUUGCUUCUUUCUCGGCCA